AACAUUAUGAUUCCCUGGGAUAAUAAGUAUCUCUGAUCUUCCAUUAGUGAUAUUUCAGUGUGUGACUGAAAGCUAGCUACAAAGCUGAUCAACUUGGGGCAUGGAAACCUCUGAGGAUAGGUCCACCACGUGGAGGCGGAAAUUCAUACUCCUCCUCAACUGCGUAAUACUGGGCAUAGGAAACUGCGGCGGCGCUCUCAUCUCGCGCCUCUACUUCCUCCGCGGCGGCAACCGGAUAUGGUUUUCAAGCGGCCUCAUAACCGCCGCCUGGCCGCUCACUCUAAUCCCUCUAGCCGCCGCAUAUAUUCUCCGCCGCCGCCGGCGAGGCCCAACCGCAAAACUCUUCUUCAUAACGCCCAAGGUCUUCACCUCCGCCGCCGCCAUCGGCGUCCUCACCGGCCUCGACGACUACCUCUACGCCUACGGCGUGGCCAAGCUCCCCAUCUCAACCGAGGCCCUUAUCAUAGCCACCCACCUCGCCUUCACCGCCGGCUUCGCCUUUCUGCUGGUGAAGCAGAAGUUCACGGCCUACUCGGUCAACGCGAUCGUGUUGUUGACCAUGGGCGCCGGAGUUUUGGCCUUCGGCGCCAGCAGCGACCGCCCCGGCGGGGAGAGCACCGGGGAGUAUAUUCUGGGGUUUGUUCUGACGCUUUUAGCGGCACUUUUGUACGGGUUUAUUCUGCCGUGGAUAGAGUUGGUGUACAAGCAGGCAAAGCAGGCGAUCACCUAUACGUUGGUUCUGGAGAUCCAGUUGGUGAUGUGUUUCUUUUCUACUGCUUUUUGUACCAUUGGCAUGAUUAUAAACAAGGAUUUCCAGGCAAUUCCAAAGGAGGCAAGGGGAUUCGAAAUGGGAGAAGCGAAAUACUAUGUGGUGGUAAUAUGGAGUGCUAUCCUUUGGCAAUUCUUUUUCAUCGGAGCCGUUGGUGUGAUAUGCUAUGGUUCAUCAUUGUUGUCCGGCAUUGUAAUCGCCUCUUUGCUUUCCGUCACCGAGAUCUUGGGCGUCGUCUUCUACGGCGAGAAAUUUCACUCCGUCAAGGGCAUUUCUCUUGCCCUCAAUCUAUGGGGGUUUGUCUCCUAUUUCUAUGGAGAGUUUAAAACUAGCAAGACUAAUAAGACCAUCAACCAAAACCAUAAUCUAGAGGCUCAAAUAACCCAAACUCAAAGCCUUCCUCCAUAAUCUACCAUCACCAGAGUUUACACCGCUUCUUUUAAUUAAAAGAAAUCA